AUGGAGAGGCCCAUCACGGUCCUGCGGGUGAGCCUGUACCACCCCACCCAGGGCCCCGCGGCCUUUGCCAAGGUACCAUUGCGGCUGCAGCACGACACCAGCCCCCUGCUGGUGGGGCGCGGCCCAGAUGCCCACAUCCAGCUGCAGGUCCCCUGCCUCUCCCGACGACACCUGUCCCUGGAGCCUUACCGAGAGCAGGGCAGUGCUCUGCUGGCCUUCUGCCUUAAGGCCCUGAGCCGCAAGGGCUGUGUGUGGGUCAACGGACGGACUUUGAGGUUCCUGGAGCAAGUCCCCCUCAGCAUCGUCAACAGGGUCGCCUUCUCCGGCAUCCAGAUGGUGGUCCACAUCGAGAGUGGCCCCUCUCUGGAGGCCCUAGUCUGCUGCUUCCUUCUCAGCCCUUCACCCCUGAUUUACAGGCUCCGGGCCGAGGAAACUGACGAAUGGGAAAGCAGCCCCAGAGAGCAGCCUCCCAGGGGCUCAGGGCAGCAGGCUGCAGGACACCUGGGGUUUCUCCAGGACCCUCCCCAGCCAAACCCUGGAGGAGGAACAGAAAUACAGCUCCAGAGGGAGUCCCCAGACAGCAGGCUGUGCUAGCCGCCCCCUGGCCCUGCCUGCAGAGAGCAAGCUUUUGCUGAACCUGGGCUUGAAAUAUUCAAGUUACAUCAUGCGAGGCUGACAAGCAAGGACUGCCAGGCGAACAAUGAACUGAUUUUGCAAACGCGAACAGCCUGUGGUGGGGGGGGGAGUGGUCCUCAGUUGCAGCUAUGGCGGCAGUUAGGGGGAAUUCAUAUACUUUUAGAGGCCCUGAGGGGUUCUGGGAGCCUUUCUCAACGUUUCCCACCUUGCCCCCCUCUUGUCUGACUAGGAGUU